CGUUGUCAGUGUGAGUUGAUUAGCAUGUGUAGCAUAGCCGCGUUUCUGAGCCCACAGCCGUUCAAACUGCUACUCUCUCCCCUCCGUCCACACUCGCUCAGGAAAAGCACCUCUCUCCCGUUUCCAGACACAUUCUUUGCCUUUUUUCGUGCUUUUUAGCGACAUUUUAUUAGUCUUGCGUUUGUCUUCAGGCGGCGUCCUUCGCUUUUUACUGUAAGUUACUCAUCUAAACUGUGAGAGGCGGCGACGUCGUCCGUUUAACUUUGGACUUUGUGGGAAACGGCUGGACGGAGGCUUCGAGGAAAGAAGAUUCACUCUGACAGAAGACGAAGAAACCAUUUUUGGGACUCUUUUAACGUAUAAGUCACUUCUUCAUAUCAUCCCCGAGUCCUCACAGGGAUGCUGAUGAUAUCCGUCUUCAUGCGGGGCCACCGUGAAGGCAUCUGUGACUGAACCGAGUCGGGCUCCGGUUUAGCUCGUUAGCAAGCCCGAAAGAACCGUUUUUUUUCUUGAAGUUUACAACUAAAACUGUUUCUGUGUGUUUUCUAAGCCAAGCGAACAAGAUGUGGAGAGCAGUAAGACGCCGCGGAAAGCUUUCCCGAGAAGAAGAGGCGUUAAGUAGCGGGCUAAUCACCAAACUGGGGGGAAAUGUGGACGAGGUUCUCUUCUUCCAAGUGACAAGCUGAUUUAUAGAGCAAGCGAGAGAGAGAGAGAGAGAGAGAGAGAGAGAGAGAGAGAGCACAAGAGAGAACGAGAGAACUCCUCCAAAGAUAAGAGUGAGACUGGCAGAGACGGCGGGCUGGUGACACCAUGAGCUGGAGCUUCCUAACACGACUGCUGGAGGAGAUCCACAAUCAUUCCACCUUUGUGGGCAAGAUCUGGCUAACUGUGCUCAUCGUCUUCCGCAUUGUUUUGACAGCCGUGGGUGGAGAGUCCAUUUAUUAUGACGAACAGAGUAAAUUUGUAUGUAACACGGCCCAACCGGGCUGCGAGAACGUCUGUUACGACACGUUCGCGCCACUAUCGCAUGUCCGUUUCUGGGUCUUCCAGAUCAUACUGGUGGCUACCCCUUCGCUGAUGUACCUCGGCUACGCUGUCAACAAGAUUGCUCGGUUAGAGGAGGGUAAGGAGAGUGUGAUUGCGUCUCAGUGCAAGAAUCGCAAGCUGUACCCCAGGAGACGGCAACACCGUGGUUUAGAGGAGGUGGAAGAGGACCAGCAAGAAGAUCCCAUGAUAUACGAAGCUGCUGAGGUUGAAAGCCGGAGUGACGGUGCCCCCCAAGGCUGUGGAGGACCAAAUGCUGGAGGAACCAUCGGUAAGACACGGCAUGAUGGGCGGCAGCGGAUUCAAAGAGAUGGCUUGAUGAGAGUGUAUGUGCUUCAACUUUUUGCCCGUUCUGCCUUGGAAGUGGGCUUUCUUGUUGGCCAGUAUGCCCUCUAUGGCUUUGCAAUGCCAGCACGCUAUGUGUGUUCCGUCACACCUUGUCCGCAAAAGGUAGACUGCUUUGUUUCACGGCCAACUGAGAAGACCAUCUUCUUGCUCAUCAUGUAUGGAGUCACGGUGUUGUGCCUGUUGCUCAACAUUUGGGAGAUGCUCCACCUAGGAGUGGGAACCAUGUUGGACCUCGUUUUCUCUCGAAGGGUCUCCGGCCAGGAUGAGGAUGAGUGCCAGCUAACGCCGCUUACCGGUCCACCUGGGAUGCCUGUCAGUGAGGCUGGAGGAGGCAGUGCAGGAUACGGGAGCUACCCUUUUUCCUGGAAUUCAGUGCCCCCUUCAGCACCACCGGGGUACAACAUCUUAAUGAAGCCUGAAUCCAUACCUUUCACUGAGCUAAGCAGCAAUGCUAAGAUGGCCUGCAAGCAGAACCGUGCCAAUAUUGCCCAAGAAGAGGAGCUACGGGGCCAGUACGGCAGCACCGAGAAGAAUUUCCUCCAGAGCAGCAGCAGCAGCGCGCUCCACCGGGAAAUCCAGCAGGCUCAGGAGAGGUUAGAGGCGGCCAUGCUGGCCUACGGUCAACAGCAGCAGAGCCAAUGCAGACAUGCUAGCAAGCUGCAAGGCAAUCGCAAACAGCAGGACCGCUCAAAAAGCAAGCGAGGAGGAAGCCGAGGGGACCUAAGGAGCAGCAGUAGUGGCAGGUCGGAUGAGGUGAAACCGUCAGUGUGGAUUUGAUGCACGUCUUCCAGUAUCCAUUACAACAUUUAAAUGUGUAGUUCAGCCAGAAAUAAAACAGUUUUCCCCUUAUCCCACAUGUAGUCAAUCAGCCAAGGCUGACCGACUACAUUGAGGGUAAUACAGAUUGCGUAUAUAUGACUUUCGUGCUGAACAGAACUUCAAGCCUGUUUGACAAGCAAAGAGCCUGUUGGAUGACUUUGACCUCUGGAAAAUAUAAGCUAUGUCACUGAAGAGGGCAAGGUGGACGGUCAGUCACAGUGAGAUCAAAACCUCUCAUUGUUGAGGACUAAGCAAGAAAAACCAGCCUUAUUGCGAGGAUUUGAUAGUUACCUUCAAAGAUACAUGCCUAAUCACACAUGAUGCUUUCCAUGCACAAUCAAUAAGCUGUAUUUACCACACUAGUUGUGGGUACUGCUAGCGUCAGUGGCAAUAAAUCUGUAUCCACAGGGUCUCAUAGACCAAGUAGCCAUUGGCCUUUUUCAAUUGUUUUGCCAUUUUGAGCAAAGGUUGUUAUUAUUCCUGUGGAACCCACCAACUACCAAAGGGAACUGAAAGAAGAAAGUUUUUACUUUUGGACAUGGGUUAUCACUCUUCGGCUGUGUUUGUUGGAGAGCGGCUUUGGCUCCUCAGGCUGUAUUAGAAGGUUGUUUUUCUUUAAUCUUGAGCCCAAUCACGAAAAAGGAGAAAAAAGGGACAGCGUUGGGUAAAAUCUGCUCUCCUCAUCAAAAAUUUGGUGCUACAAUUACAAGAAGUGCCUUUAACCCCUGCGUUUGGACAGUACAGCCAUUCUAGCUACAACCUUAACUGUGAUUUUUGUUGGUUUUACGACUGUGUCCACAAGCGAUCCUCAGCAUGUCAUUACUCCUUUCACUGUGAAACAGGGACAGUGAAAGCUGUUAAAAUGCAUAUCUUGAUUUUCGAGAAAGGACAUUUUUCUGUUCUACAUUUUAGAGUCUGAUUUAAGGAAUUUGUUAAGCAGUUGUUUGUGGUUCCAGUUUCUUGUUAUCUUCCUCUGUGCUGUUGUUGCCCCCAAGUGGUCAACAACACAAGCACCACUGGACCUAUAAAACGUACUGUAUAGCUUUUCUUGUGCAUCACUGGAUGCAUUUCUACCUGGCAAAUAUAGCAAAUUAUAAACGACCUACAGUAAGCUAAAUCGUUGUGUUAUCAUAAGCUAUGUAAGUUUAUACAUGCGGUUCGUACAUAAGCUAUCUGGUGUCUACUGAGUGUUUCAAAGUCUGUUCACCAGCAGUUACAAGUGUUCCAGUAUGUUUACGAAGGUUUUACAUUCAGAUUCUUUACAAAUGUACAGUCGUUUUGUCAACAUUAUUAAGCGAAAUCCACAAUCAGGGAUUUCAGAGCAGUGUUGAAGCUCCAUCACUGAAUUUUGCCAAGGAAAACUGAGCUCUGAACGAGGCGGUAGCCCGUAGUAAAAAGAACGGUUUGCUUUUUUUUCGUCACUGUUGCAUAAAGACCUCCAUUUUUUUUCUUUUUGGCAUAAUUUAAAAUCUACAGUUACCCUUUGCAUUGUAUUAACACUUCACGAAGAACAGAGCAAUAGAAAUGUGUUUCAUUUGAGGUUUUUCCCUCUCCUGUAAAAUUAGCGUUUCGUAGAUACGAGAUUUUGUCUCCGACAGUGACGAUACUGUAUAUAGUGCAAUCAGAGCCCAUCUAAAUUCAUCUCGGAGCUCAAACUUCAGAUUAAGAUAUCUAAAAAUGAAAGGAUGCACAGUUAUAUCGGCAUCGGACGUAUUUGAUUUGACAUUUUAAAUCGAAACUUGAUGACUCUUAAAGGUGGGCAAUAUGAGGACAUUUUAUCAUUAUUGUGAUCACAGUAUGCUUAUUUGUGCAUAUUGUGGAUAUCAUUAGUACUUCAGAAACACUGAGCAGCUGCACAAAGAGGGCAAAAGUUAACACCUGUUUAACUGAAUCUAGUGCAGCACACGAAAUGUAUUAUUGAAACCUGAUCAAUAACUAGAAAAACAGUUAAUCAAGUUUUUGAGUGUUUCUGAUGUGAGACUAGUUUUUUUUUUGUUCCAGUUUAUCAAACUUAGUGUCACGUAUCAUGAAAAGGUCUUCCAGUAUCAGUAUCGUGAUAUUUUUAAAAUAUUGCCCACCUGUGAUGACACUCUUAUAAGUACCCCUUUCCAAAUAAACGCCACGUUUCUCAGUAUUGCGACUCCAAGUAGAUGAAGUUUCCAUAUAUACCAAAAAUGGCAUCAGCAGAUGUGCAAAAGAUUUAGGCGCCUGAGAACAUUGUUUAAAACGGUUUAUCUGGACAGUAACUGUGUUUUUUAUACUUAAAGACACCAUAUAAUAUUAGAAUGCAAACAAACCGUAACUUAGUAAAAAGUAACAAGAUUUCCUUGCUUUCAAAAGUUUGUAUGACGUUAGAGUCGAUAUGCUUUGCGCUGCAUGAGUCGAUGCCCCGAGGAACUAAUUUAGCAGUGAUUCACCAAACCAGGGACCGAAUGCUGCCUACAGAUAUCCCUGAGCUUCUCUAAGGAGAAGAUUGGAAAGCAUUAAACCGACACGUUGACACAAAAUACAUCAAAUCAAUACUUACUGUAUUAAUAUUAUUCUUGUUUAUUCUAAUAUUAAUGUUUCCUGAGUAAAAAAGAAAGAUAACAUUUUAAAAACACGACUUUCUCAGGUGCCUGAGUCUUUUACAGAGGGAACACACCUCUGCACACCUUAAUGCACAGUUAGUGUUUAUUUGCUGAAGUUAAAAAAGUUAUAAAACGUUUAUGCAAACUAAAUUGAUCAAAAAAUAGAAAUUGUGCACCAAAGUUUGCAGAGCAACACUUACCCUGGAAACAUUAGGCUACAUGACACCUACAAAAGGUUGUCAUGACAACUGAGAUAACCCUAUGUAACUGUUCAUUAAGGCUUAUUACAACAGACAUCAUCUGUCAUAAAGGCUACUUUAGUUGACUUUGAUCAAAAUUGGCCAGCUUAACCUUUAUAGCAAAUGACGCGUAUUGGAGAAAACAUUUAUAAACAGUUAUGUAGGGUUAUGUCAGUUGUCAUGACAGCUUAUGUAGGUGUUAUGUAGCCUACAGUAAAGUGUUACCAUUUACAGAAAAGUGACAUUUAAGUGUCUUCCCUGUAGAGGCGUUAACUUAUUUUCAGGUAGAAAAUCAGUAAAAAAUGUAUUUCGCCCAACGACUGUAUGUGAAAAAUGCUGGAUAACGACCCAGAAUUCCGAUAUCUGUGCAUCCUUCCUAAAACAGUGUGAUAAAACUUGAAUUUGACACAAACAAAUGCCUCCUUAAAAUGCCUCCUUAAAAAUUGGGCAGUAUGGCUGGUGUGUGUUCAAGCCUUGCACUUGUUCAAGGCUCAGAUUCCAGGCCCCAGUUGUGUACAGAUGUUUUCUGGGUUUGUUACUCUGUCAGAUUCGCUCAGAUUCAGUCCUUUGCGUUUGCCAGUCUGGCAGUAUGAAACUGGAUUUGGCGUCGGCUUGAAUUUUUCCUUUUUCCUUUUUUUUUUUGGAGAGAGAGUUGGGACGGUUUUAUAUUCUGAAGGUUUAAAAUGCAUGAUGUGCAUUGCUUUUAAGAGGAAAAGACAAUAAAUAUGCAGUUUUGAUUUACCCUUGAA